AUGUCGCUGGCGCUGCAGGUGUAUUGGGGCGUGGUCCACGGGUGGCGAAAGCCGCAGUGUCAGCAGUCGGCGCAGCCACCGCAGUGUACGAAGAGUACGGGUUGUGCGUCCAAGACCAAAGGUCAAAAUGUGCCUUCGGAUAAGUGGGAGGCCAUGGCAUUGGAACUGAGCUGCCUCGAUGAUGAUGCAUUGCCUCAGCGCUCGGGACCAAGUGGAGCCAAUCUGGGCUUGCCCCAGAGGCUUGGAGUUUGGCGAUUGGUAGUUUGGCAUUCCAUGGCGUUCCAUGGCGCCUCCAGGUUGAAAGCUCGGUGA